ACUCUUAAGGGCUAUAAUAACUUAGUAAGCUUCGUGGUCUUCUUACCGGAUGGCCAGCGGCUUACCUUAGCUUUAUAUAAUAGGACAGUGAAAGUAUGGGAUGUAAGCUUAGGCAUCUGUCUGCAGACUCUUAAGGGCCGUAAUAGCGGAGUCCGCGGGGUAACCUCAGUGGUUUUCUUGCCUAAUGGCCAGCGGCUUGCCUUAGCUUUACGUAAUAGCAUAGUAAAAGUAUAG